AAGGACAACCACCACCACCUAAACCCCCCCCCCCCUAAUCGUCAAAAUGAGCAGCACACCACCAGCGACCACGACCCCGAUCUUCCUCACAACGCCCCAAUACCGCGCCUACCAACCCUCGCAGCCGUCGACCCCAUCCGCAGCUGCACCCGCAAAUGCAUCCGCACCCCCAUCCGCAUCCCCCUCACCCUCACCACCAAUACCGCCCCUCGACCCCUCCAACCUCCCCACGGGCACCAAAUCCCUCUCGGGAAUCUCCCUCCGCGCCUUCCUGCUCGGCACCACCCUGGGCCUCACCACAAGCCUAACCCUCUACCUCCUCCUCCUGACCACCACCCGACUCUGGCGCCUACCCUUCUUCCUCGCCAGCCUCAGCCUCUUUCACUUCUUGGAAUACUACACCACCGCAACCUACAACCCGCGCUUCGCCGACACCACCGCCUUCCUUCUGACCUCCAACGGCUGGGCCUACAACGUCGCGCACGGGUCCGCGCUCCUCGAAUGCCUACUCACCAACACCCUAGCCCCGGCGACCUACCACCAGGGCCAGCACCAGGGCCAGGUCCUGGACCUCUUGUCCCGAAUGGGGAUCUACACCUCCGAAAGCACGUCCGAGUUCCAUGAAUACCGCCCCCGAUUCCCCCUCGGCGUCGUCCUCGGCCUCACCCUCGUGGUCCUCGGCCAGACCAUCCGCUCCGUCGCCAUGGCCCAGGCCGGCAGCAGCUUCAACCACACGGUGCAGGUGGCCCGCCGCGACGACCACCGCCUGAUCACCCACGGCGUCUACCGCGUGCUGCGCCACCCGUCCUACUUCGGCUUCUUUUGGUGGGGCAUCGGCACCCAGCUCGUCCUGGGGAACGUCGCCUGUCUCGUCGGGUAUGCCCUGGUCCUGUGGCGGUUCUUCCGGCUGCGCGUGAGGAGAGAGGAGAAUUACCUCUGUGCUUUCUUCGGGGAUCAGUAUCGGGAGUAUAGGAAGAGGAGUUGGGUGGGGAUUCCGUUUGUUUGAAUUCUGGGCGGUAAAACCUUUCUUGACAAUCGGGGAAGGGUAAUGGCUGUAUGUUGUGGGGAUUUGGGGAUUUGGGGCAUGGUAGAUAUGGGAGUCGGGGUGUUGAUAUCUGUCAUCUGGUUAUUGGUUCCCCAUUUCAUUACUUGAGGUUUAAUACGUACUGUACAUUCUAAUCUACCAGAGAUCUAUUGUAUCAAC